AUGGCAGACACAGACCUUAACCAGAGACUCGUCAAGGCCACCAAGAAUGAGCUUCUCCAGAUCGUCCAGAGCUUGAUUCGCUCGAGCAAGGAUACCAAUGACCAUGCCCUGAGGCUCCUCAACUACAUCGACGGGCAGAAGGCUCCGGUGGCCGCACCAUCUAAGAGCAAACGCCGCAGCAGUCGCACUAGUACUCGCGCCUCCUCUGAGGCCUCGCAGGACUCUGGUGUUCAGGUUCAUCCUCUGCUUCAAAACGCUCUGAAGAACUCCGAGUUGAAACUCGAGAUCUGCGAGAGAUGCACGGAGCCCUUUGAGGAGAAGCACAACACCUCGCGCUCGUGUAGCUACCACGACGGUCAAUGGCUUAUCGAAGUCGAGGGCAAGGGGUCGAUAGUCUUCACGCCCGCCAGCACUGCGAGCCAAGAGACCCUUGAGUCGGAUGGUGACUGGAUCAAAUCGUGCUGCUCGGCCCCCAAGGAGGACCUAGGCCGUGGCUGCGUUCGCGCCAAGCACGUCGCCAUGUCUGCGAAGUAUUCCGGCGACGCUCAACACUAA